AUGAUAUUUUCUGUUUUCUUUUCUCUUCCUUCUGUUUCAUAACAAGCUAUCUUUGGGAUCAUCAUCAUCAUCACUCUUUAGGAUCUUACCCACAUCAAAAAGGGAAGAGCUUAAGGAUUUGAAUCAUGUAUUUGCUGAAGCUCUUAUGAUAUUUCAAAAUCAGAUUUUCUUUGAAUUGAAUUAACCAUCUCUGGGUCUUUAUCAGAUUCUGUCGGUGGGUUUAGUUUAGCAAUUGAAAAACUGAUCAAUCUGAGGUUAUCGAGGGAUAUCUUUAUAUGGGUUGUUGUUAUUGUAUCUUCUUCUUCUUCUUCUUCUUUAUUUUCUAACGAACAAAUUCCGUAGUUUGGAUAAUUGGGAAAUGGGUCUUUGUUUUCUCUUCUGUAGCAUGUGUUUUUCAGCCCGUUUGGAUUGGGUGAUUUGGGAAGACAAGAAAAGAAAUGCGUUUUUGUUGAUCCAUACCACUCAUUUGGAUAAGCAAAGAGGAGAUAAAUGAUAAGAAUUGGAGAGAAAUCCUAUUUAUCCAAACAAGAGGAAGUUAAUCCACAAUCUUUUCUCUUCUUUUAUUGUCUCUCCUAACUUGCAUAAUCAUUUCUUUUCUUCUCUUUCCUAGGUCACCAAACAUAAUGUUUGGGAUCUCUUGUUUUCAUAUGAAUUAUCUCCUUCUAGUGUUUCAUGUGGUUUUUCUUUCUCAUGAGUUUUAUUUAUGGACUUUGAAUGGGGAAAAAAGUGAAUAAAUAAGGUGCAAACUUAACAUUCUUGCUUUCAGUUCUGGCUUCUCAAUGAGUUAUUAUUCAUACUGUGGAUCGGUUUGAUGUCAAUCGGUUUCAUGAAAACUUCUUCUAGUUUAGUUCUUUUUGUUUAUAAGAUAGUUUGGCAUAUUAGAAGCAUGGAAGAUAACCUCACUUCUUAUUAAAGUUAUAAAAAAAUUGAUCUUCUUGCCUGUCUUGGAGGAGAACCUCAUCCAUUUUUGUUUUCAACUUUUCGAAACAUUGAAACAUGUUAGUGAUUUCUGCUUUCAAAUCUUCAGAAUUGGAUAUUUGCUAUUUUUAUCGUGUUUUAAUUAUGGGAAAUUCAGAUAUUCAUCGUGGGGAUAGCCCAAUUAGCCAUUUCUUUUUUCACAAUAGUAAAACAUAAGUGUUUUUCAGAUAUCUUUCAAAUCUUUUAGAAUUGGGUACUUUCACUUUGUGUUUUUUUUAUGUUUUUUAUGCUGUUUUAUUGUGAGCAAUUACUGAUUUUUGCAACAGUGUCAGGUUGUUAACAAUCUUUUUCACCUAACAAAAAGGAAACUCAGUGUUAUGGAUGAUUUGCCGGAUCAGCUAGUUUGGGAGAUUUUUGGUAGGAUUAAGAAAACCAUAGAUAGAAACUCGGCAUCUUUGGCAUGUAAACGACUCUAUAAUUUGGAUAAUGAACAGAGAAAAUCUCUUCUGGUUGGUUGUGGACUAGACCCCGCAAAUGAAGCUUUGACUUCUCUCUGCAACAGGUUUCCGAAUUUGACAAGAGUAGAAAUAAUUUAUUCAGGUUGGAUGUCCAAAUUAGGAAAACAAUUGGACGACCAUGGACUUCUCAUUCUCUCAAACAACUGCCCUUAUUUGACUGAUCUCACUUUAAGUUAUUGUACUUUCAUCACUGAUGUGGGUCUUAGCUACCUCGCUUCUUGCUCCAAACUUUCGGCCUUGAAGUUGAAUUUCAACCCAAGAAUCAGUGGUUGUGGCAUAUUAUCGCUCGUCGUGGGCUGCAAAAACCUCCGAAUUCUACACCUCAUUCGAUGUCUAAAUGUUAGCAGUGUCGAGUGGUUAGAAUACCUAGGCAAGCUUGAAAUACUAGAAGAUCUUUCAAUUAAGAAUUGUAGGGCAAUUGGGGAAGGUGACUUAAUUAAGCUCGGACCUAGUUGGCGCAAACUAAAACAGUUACAGUUCGAGGUGGAUGCUAAUUACCGUUACAUGAAGGUUUAUGAUCGGUUAGCUGUGGAUCGUUGGCAAAAGCAGUGGGUCCCAUGUGAAAGUAUGCAAGAGCUUAGCUUGGUGAAUUGCAUCAUCAGUCCGGGGAGAGGCCUUGCUUGUGUGUUGGGAAAGUGCAAGAACUUGGAAAAGAUUCACUUGGACAUGUGUGUUGGGGUGAGAGACUCUGACAUUAUAGGAUUGGCUCGAAAUUCAAGCAACCUUCGAUCUAUUUCUCUUCGAGUCCCGUCAGAUUUCUCACUUCCUCUUUUGGUAAACAAUCCAUUGAGAUUGACGGAUGAGAGUUUAGAAGCAUUGGCCCAAAACUGCUCACGACUCGAAUCAGUCAGGUUAUCUUUUUCUGAUGGAGAGUUUCCUUCGUUUUCGUCAUUUACUUUAAACGGAAUCUUAACUUUAAUAAAAAUGUGCCCAAUUCGUGAACUUGCUCUUGAUCAUGUGUAUUCUUUUAAUGAUGUGGGUAUGGAAGCACUUUGUUCAGCUCAGUAUCUCCAAACCCUAGAGCUCGUGAGAUGCCAAGAGAUUAGUGAUGAGGGAUUGCAGCUUGUGAGCCAAUUUCCUCAGUUGUGUGUAUUGCGGCUUAACAAGUGUUUGGGAGUCACUGAUGAUGGGCUAAAGCCGCUUGUAGGCUCAUAUAAAUUGGAAUUGUUGGCUGUGGAUGAUUGUCCACAAAUAUCUGAACGGGGUGUUCAAGGAGUUGCAAAAUCAGUAAAUUUCAGGCAAGACUUGUCGUGGAUGUAUUGAACUUCCCCAGUUAAGUUGUUUCAUCAAAUGUCCUGUAUGGUUUUUACACAAUUCGCAUCCCCCCCUUUUCCUCUUUUUAUGGUAUUUGUAUCUUGUAAUUAACUCUAAAUUGGCAGAACAAAGUUUGUUGUAAAUUCAUCUUGCUUGGGAGCACCUUAUAGUAUUGUGAAUGUCAUAUUUUUGUGAUCAGCUUUUCCUAGUAA